AUGAGUGAUGAUGAUGAUGUUCAAACCCUCGGGGGGAAAUCACAAACAUUUCAGUGUCUGAUUUCGCUUCUGUCAAACCCUGCCCAGUGUCAGCGAGAGCUGAACACACACUCGUUUCCCGGGGAAAGCACAGCGGUUCUCUGGAAACUUCCUCAAACAGCACAUAAAACAUUAGCAUCAACUCCCUCGCAGAGCAAAGCUGAUCCAACCGAGUUCUACACUGUCAGAAAUCCCCCGGGAACACCUGGAAUAGUGAGGCCAAAACAUGCAAAUCCCAAACUAGAUGAUCCAGUUAUUGACAUCAUAAUUGAAGUUCUCCUGGUCUUUUCUCCUCUAUUGUGCCACAACGGCGUGGACGAGUACCAAGCGGCGUUCCUGCUGUCCAUCCUGGCGUUCGUGGACAUGUUCGCCCGGCCGUCGAUGGGUCUGCUGGCCAACUCCCGCUGGGUGCGGCCCCGGAUCCAAUACUUCUUCAGCUUCGCGGUGCUGUAUAACGGGGUGUGCCACCUGCUGUGCCCGCUGGUCCAGAGCUACACCGGGAUGGUGGUGUACGCCGUGUUCUUCGGCUUCGCCUUCGGGAUGGUGAGCGCGGUUCUGUUCGAGACGCUGAUGGACCUGGUGGGGCCGCAGAGGUUCUCCAGCGCCGUGGGUCUGACCACCAUCGUGGAGUGCUGUCCGGUGCUCAUCGGGCCGCCGCUGGCAGGGAAGCUAGUGGACAUCACUAAGAACUACAAGUACAUGUACCUGUGCUGUGGAGCGGUGGUGGUGUUCUCCAGCAUCUGGCUCUUCAUCGGGAACUUCAUCAACUACCGUCUGCUGGACCGCGAGCGCAAGCGCGAGGAGACGUACCAGCGGGCCGCGCAGCACGACGCAGAUGCUAACGCAGACACUAGCGCUACGCAGGAGCUCAACGAGAGUAAAGACGCCGUCAUGCAGUGUGAAACCAACAUCUGAACGUCUAUGCAAACACUGGAGACACUGCCAGAGUCGAUCCGCGCGGCUUCAGCGAGCACUUCGACAGGCUCAGGUUCAGCUAAAGCUCGCGUCAGAACAGUGUGUGUUCAAUGCUCACACACACACACUCACACACACACACACACAGGUGUAUAAAGCAAACUGAUCUGCUACUGAAUGUAAAUCUGAUGCUUUAGAGCCUUAUGAAUCUGUUCCUGAGGAUUAUUACCGAUCAUUACUACCAAAUCUAUGAGCAAUAUGAUUUACACCAGACGUCCUCAGGGGAAACGCUAGUUUUGUUCUGUGUUGGGUUCUUUUUCACACACACACACACACACACACACACACACACACACACACACACGGACGGAUUAAUGUGAUUCAGUUUCACCAUAAACACUUUUUGACCUAUGAUGUAUUGCCUUAAGUAUAGAGUAAGCAUCUAUUAUUCUACUAUGAACUUUAUUGUUUAACGUAUUAGCUGAUGUAAAUCCACAAGAUGCUGUAUAAUUUACUGUAUGAAAUGCAUCUCGUAGUUCUGCUUUUCUUUAACGCCCUGGAAUUAAUUUAACAAUUCACAUCUAUUUUAAGACUGUAAGACAAGCUUUUGUUGUCGAAUGUCUAUGAGCACCAAAAGUAUUAAUAAUUAUCAUUAAAUUAUUAUCUUAACACAGUACAACGUAUGCAUUGUUAUAAUGUCAGAAUUGAUAUGUUGUGCUAUUUUUAGCAUGUAAACUAAUGACAUUUAUUUAAUGAUGUGGUUAUUACAUGCAUCAUUUUGUUUUAUAUCAUUUUUGCUUUUUUUAUCCUUUGUUAUGAUUGUCGAGAAAUAGACCAAACUGCCACUAAAAACAUUCACACGCACAUAUACAUUAUUAUUUUGUAUUAACUUCAUGCUUUUUUUUUUUGUAAUUGUUAAAAUUAGCCAACAAAUGUAAUCAGUUUAACUGGAUCUUUAACCUCUUAUGACAUGUGACUGUAUUCACUUUUGUUCAUAAUUCUGGAUGUGCUGAUAUUUGAAAUUAAACCACAUUUGGAAGAUCUAUAACUCAACCGAACACCCAUCUA